AUGUCCGAAACAGCCGUGGCAACGACCGCGGUCGUCGACUUUAAGCAGGACAAUAUCCCGCUUAGUUCCGGGUCCGGCAAAGAGAAGGAUAUGCUGUUGCCGGAGGACGGAGAGAGCUCCAGUAAGGGUCGAGGGCUCCUCAAGGUGCCGUCGCGAUCGUCAUCUCAACAGCGGAACCAGUCUUCGCCGACUACGACUGGCUUGAGCGGGGCCACCAUCACCGACCCUCGGAGCAGCAUCGGCAGCAGGUCCAGAGAAUCCAAGGGCAGCUUUUUGGACAGACAGCGAAACGGUAGCUCCAGUGGCGAUGCCGAACCUGUUCGCACAGCCGACAUUUCCCAGCCCAGCUCUCCGUCCGCAAGCGAGCAGAAACGAAAGAGGAAGAAGAGCAGUGGAUUCCUGGCACUGUUAGGAUGCUGCGUCGUGCCCGACUCGGCAAAUCCCGUUGACUCACCUCAGGGGAUUCAUAAACUGGAUAAAUUACCCCCUCGGCCGACAACAGCCAAGUCAAGAACACACACGCCUCAAGACCAGACGUCGGCGAAGCAGAGCAGCGAAAAGCCCCCCGUUCCAGCAGUUACCACACCUCAGGGCAAGGACCAUGGUAUCUCGUCGAGCAGCGCUCAAGACCAGACCAAGUUGGAGGAACAAACGACCCAGGAAGCGAAGCACGUCGCCCCGGCGGUUACAGUCGACCCCCCGAGCCCUCUGCCUGAACCUAACGAAGAGGUUCGAGAAAUCGAAGAGGUGGUUGACGACGUGGAGAUGCGGGAUGUGCCAGCGGUGGAAGAGGCCCAUGAGGUGCAGCCUGAGGUAGUGCGACAAGAGGCUCACGAAGUCUCGAUCCCUCCUCCUCCGCCUGGCCCUGGCCCAGCCCCCCUAGUGACUACGGCGCUUCCUCUCACAGAUGAGGGCCCUUCAGCACCCGAACCUCAAAAAUGGCUAUUACCUCCCAUUACCCCUGAACUCAAAGGAAGAAAAUGCCUAGUUUUGGACCUCGAUGAAACCUUGGUCCACAGCUCAUUCAAGGUUUGUCCUCCUAUUUCGAGCUAG